AUGGCGCGAAGCAUGGACAUGGUGCCGCUGCUGCUUCUGUGCAUGGCCGCGGCCAUGGAGGGCGCGGCGGCGCUGCACCUGUGCGUGGACCGGCUGUACGACAGCACGCAGGGCAAGCACGACGACGGCCUGCCCCACCUGAACCCGACGGAGGAGGCGACCUGGAUGGCGCUCCUGCCGCGCAAGCUCGGCGCCAAGGCCGAGUUCGACUGGCUCGCGCUCUACCGGAGCCUCACGCGCGGCGCCGGCGGCGCCCCUGCGGAGUUCCUCUCCCAGGCGUCCCUGCACGACGUCCGCCUCGCCCCCGGCUCCAUGUACUGGCAGGGCCAGCAGACCAACCUCGAGUACCUCCUCUACCUCGACCCCGACCGCCUCACCUGGAGCUUCCGCCAGCAGGCCGGCCUGCCCACCGUCGGCGAGCCCUACGGCGGGUGGGAGGCGCCCGACGGCCACCUCCGCGGCCAUUUCGUAGGGCACUACCUGAGCGCGAGCGCGCACAUGUGGGCGAGCACGCACAACGACACCCUGAGGGAGAAGAUGGCCAGGGUGGUGGACAUCCUCGACGACUGCCAGAGGAAGAUGGGCACGGGGUACCUUUCGGCUUACCCCGACGAGGUGUUCGACAUGUACGAGGAGCUCUCCGAGGCCUGGUCGCCCUACUACACCAUCCACAAGAUCAUGCAAGGCCUUCUGGAUCAGUACACGUUGGCUUCGAAUCGAAAGGGCCUUGACAUGGUGGUGUGGAUGACGGAUUACUUCAGCGAGCGUGUGAAGAACCUGAUACAGACGCACUCGAUCCAGAGGCACUGGGAGGCGAUGAACGAGGAGACCGGCGGAUUGAACGAUGUCAUGUAUCAGCUGUAUACCCUGACGAAAGAGCAGAAGCACCUAACGAUGGCCCAUCUUUUCGACAAACCGUGCUUCCUCGGCCCCCUCAGCCUUCAUGAUGAUGAUAUAGCGGGGUUGCAUGUUAACACUCACAUUCCUGUCCUAGUCGGUGCGCAAAAGAGAUAUGAAGUCGUCGGUGACCAUCUUUACAAGGACAUUGCAACAUUCUUCUUUGACGUUGUAAACUCCUCCCACAUAUUUGCAACAGGAGGCACAUCUACCUCGGAACACUGGCACGACCCGAAGCGACUAGUAGACGAGAUCAAAAUCAGCUCCAACGAGGAGACUUGCACCACCUACAACUUGCUUAAGGUGUCCCGAAACCUGUUCAGGUGGACGAAGGAAGUCAAGUAUGCCGAUCACUACGAGAGGCUGCUCAUCAAUGGGAUCAUGGGCAACCAGAGGGGAACGCAGCCUGGUGUCAUGAUCUACUUCCUUCCCAUGGGUCCUGGGCGAUCCAAGAGCAUCAGCGGCGGGCACCCUUCCGGCCUCCCCCCCAAGAACCCCGGGGGGUGGGGAGGUCCAAAUGACACCUUCUGGUGCUGCUACGGGACAGGGAUAGAAUCGUUCUCAAAGUUGGGGGACACCAUAUACUUCCUGGAGGAGGGUGAAGUGCCGGGGCUCUACAUCGCGCAGCACAUACCGAGCACCUUCGACUGGAAAGCAGCAGGCCUCACCGUGGUGCAGCAGGCCAAGCCACUGCUGUCGACGGAUCCUUACUUUGAAGUCACAAUCUCCAUUUCUGCCAAGGGAGAUGCCCAGCCAGCAAAGGUGAGCGUGAGGAUCCCUUCAUGGACAUCCACAGCUGACGCAAUGGCAACUCUGAAUGGCAAAAAACUCAACCUGACAUCUGCAGGUGAUUUCCUCACGUUGACAAAACUCUGGGGCGAUGAUACCUUAGUGCUCCAAUUUCCCAUUAACUUGAGAACCGAGGCAAUCAAAGAUGACCGGCCGGAGUAUGCGUCCAUCCAGGCGGUGCUGUUCGGGCCGCACCUCCUCGCUGGCCUGACACACGGCAACAAGACCAUUAACGCGACCGAGCACUCCAACGACGGCCUGACCCCGGGCAUGUGGGAGGUGGACGCCAGGAACGCCACCUCCACGGCCGACUGGAUCGCCGCGCUCCCUCAUGAGACGAUCAACUCGCAGCUCGUCACCCUGACGCAGCGGUCCGGCGCGCAGACCUUCGUCCUGUCGGUGUCGGCCACCGACGGCACGCUGACAAUGGAGCGUAUGCCCGUCGCCGGCAGCGACGCGUGCGUGCGCGCCACGAUCGUGGUCGACACGUACGUGGUGGACAGCACCGCCGCUGAGCACGGCGCCGCCGCUCCUGUUCUGCAUGGGCCGAACGUGACGAUCGCGCCGUUCGACAGGCCGGGCAUGGCGAUCACCAACGGCUUCGAGGUCAAGCUGCAUCCAGGGCCGGAGGCCCUGUUCAACGCCGUGCCCGGGCUGGACGGGCUCCCCGGCUCGGUGUCCCUGGAGCUCGGCACCAGGCCAGGGUGCUUCGUGAGGGCGCCCGCGGGCUACAGCGCCGGCGACAAGGCCCAGGUCGGCUGCCGGACGAGCAGCGGCGGCGGCGACGACGCGGCGUUCCGGAAGGCGGCGAGCUUCACGCAGGCGGCGCCGCUGCGCCUGUACCACCCGCUGAGCUUCGUGGCCAAGGGCACGGAGAGGAGCUUCGUGCUGGAGCCGCUGCGGAGCCUCCAGGACGAGUUCUACACCGUCUACUUCAACCUGGUCACCGCCGCCGCCGACAGCUGA